GCACCCGGGUUCCCGGGUUCGAUUUCCGGCGGGGUCAGAGAUUUUCUCUGCCUCGUGAUGACUGGGUGUUGUGUGAUGUCCUUAGGUUAGUUAGGUUUAAGUAGUUCUAAGUUCUAGGGGACUGAUGACCUCAGAAGUUAAGUUCCAUAGUGCUCAGAGCCAUUUGAACAAUUUGAUUCCCUGUGUGAAACAACUCCAACAAGACUACAUGCACGACUAUUGGUUAAUGUAUGGACAAUACGGAUUCCAAUCAUUAAAAAAAGUUGUUUUCUUGAAUAACAGGAGAUCCUUACGGCUUUUUAGUAUUUCGAAUAAUUUCCAGUUCAAGUAACAUUGAGCCGCAGAAAGAAAUUAUCAAAAUGAGGUGUUUAUCUUUUCUAAAGCUUGUUGUGCAAAUGAAAUUUUGCGGAAACAAAAAGGUAACUGUUUAAAACGGUAUUAUUGAAGAUCUGCAGCUAUUCACCAAUGCCACCAGUCUGACACGGCAAGGAUAUCACGGGGCUGGAAUUGACUGAUGAUGGACAACAUUUAUCAACUGUUGCUUGACACAGGUCUGACUUCAGCUCGUAGAAGUAUCGAGAGUCAUCUAUAAGCUGAAAGGGCUUCUCAGUGAUGCCGUGUUUCAGAAUCGUCCAGUAUGGACUCAGUUAAGGAUAGUAAGAAGAUGACGCCGUGGAGCUGGGCACCCUUCUGGACGCUGGGGACGGCGCCGUGGUGACGCUGGCGGCAGACGACAACCGGCUGGCGGCGCACAGGGCCGUCCUGGCAGCCAGGAGUCCUGCGUUCGCCACCACGUUCAGGCGCGACCUGCUGAAGACCAGGGCUCGCAAGAUCAGCAUCGCACGUGUGGGGGGCCCGGUGCUGCGCCGACUGGUCUCCUACCUGCCCCCCAGCUACCUGGCGUGGGCCCCAGCUGCUGGACGCAGCAGAUUACCAGCCGCUACACAGCUUAGGCACACCACCGCCACCACCGCCAGCAUGGCCGCCGCCGCCGCCAACACAGCCGCCACCACCAACACCGCCACCACCAGCACCACCACCGCCACGACCUCUGCCGUCACAGCCCACCAGACUCUUGCUGCAGCUGCAGCUGCACCGCCCACUACUCCUCCACCUGAUGAAGGCACUGUCUCUCGGAUGCGGAGCCUCUCUGGAGAGCAGAGAGUAUGGAGGCUGAUCCAGGCGGCUCGGCAGGGGGCAGUAUGGGAGCUAAGGGCACUGCUCGCAGUGGAGGCGGACGUGGGGGCAAUAGGCGGAGGUGGGUGGACCGCCCUGCACUGGACAGCAUGGGAGGGACAUGUGAAGGCGGCUAGGUGCCUACUGGAGGCCGGGGCGCCAGUGGACGCCUGGGACGGCGGUCAGAAGAGGACGCCUCUGUUCUGCGCUGCAGGGAGGGGCCAUGCAGCUGUGACACAGCUGCUGCUAUCGGCCUCCGCCCACCCAAACUUCAAGGAUGUGAAUGGCUGGACGCCGUUGCAUUUUGCAGCUCAAGGUGGCAGCGCGGAAGUGGCAGCUGCACUGCUCGAGGCGGGGGCCGACCGGGAAGCCAGAAAUGAUGAUGGGGACACAGCCAUUGACAUCGCCAGGCAGUGUAACAGGCGGCGGCUGAUCGAGAUGCUGUCAUCAGGCAGCCAGUCCAAGAAACUCCCUCUGCAAUAAAACUAAAACAGGCUCUCCACAUCUUGAUGUUUUUUAAAUAAAGAAUUCAAAACUUCAA